UCUCGAAGACUCACUUCCUCAGCCUUGAGAAGGCCCCACUGGCACAGCUGAGGCGGUGGUGAAUUUCAUCGUCAAUGACAGCUUUAGAUGACAGGAGGCCGAGAUAUGGGAAGUGGUCCACGUUUUCCAGUCGGAUUUUGUCAAUUGAGAGGUUUGGGGGCAGGACAGGCGCAGUACUGUUUGGUGAUGAUUGGUGGAGGAUUUGAGUUUUCUUUAUAUUGAUGGCAAGACCAAGCUGUUUGUAUGCCUUCGCAAAGGCAGACAGAGUGCGCUGUAGGUCCUCUUCUGAGAGGGCUACAAGGGCGUUAUCGUCUGCAUACUGCAGCUCCAUGAUGGACAUGGUGAAGGUUUGACCUUUAGCCCUGAAACGGUUGAUGUUGAAGAGUUGACCGUCGGUUCUGUACAUUAUUUCGACUCCCUGGGGCAGAUGUAUGUUUGUGAGAUGGAGGAUCGUAGCAACAAAAAUGGAAAAUAGUGUUGGCGCGAUGACACAUCCCUGUUUUACACCUGUGUCUACCCUAAAGGGUUCCGUUUCAUCUCCACUGCCACUGAGCACUGUGGCUGACAUGUUAUCAUGUAGUAGUCUCAGUACCCGGAUGUAUUUAUCUGGGCAGCCAAUCUUGGACAGAACCAGCCAAAGGGCCUGACGGUUAACCGAGUCGAAGGCUUUGGUGAGGUCUAUGAAGGCCAUGUAUAGUGGUUGGUUUUGUUCCCGGCAUUUUUCUUGCAAUUGUCGUGCGAUGAAAAUCAUGUCUGUGGUGCCUCUGCUUGGGCGAAAUCCACUCAGGAAGCGCGCUUUCUGACAGGGGGGCGAGUCUGUUGGCCAAAACCCGAGCGAGGGCUUUCCCUAUGGUGGACAGGAGAGAGAUGCCAGAGUAAUUCCCACAGUCUGCCUUGUCUCCUUUCUUAAAUAUGGAGACAAUUAGGGCAUCUCUGAGCUGUGCAGGGAUUUCCUCUUCUUCCCAUAUUUUGAGAAGCAGGGCAUGGAUGUGCUUGGUAAGAUCGGGUCCGCCUUUCUUCAGGACCUCUGCUGGAAUGCCGUCGGGCCCAGCAGCCUUGUUGUUCCUCAUCUUGCCAAUGGCAUCCUGCAGCUCACCCAAGCAGCAGCAGACCAUCCUUUGAGCGAAGGGGGGUUAGGCAGUGGUGGCUGGGACCAUACACCACUCGUGUGGCGUCAAAGAAGCCUCUCGUGUCUCAAGAGUCAGCAAGCUGCUCGAUCUCCAGAGCCUUCUUUGUCCACCGCUGGUUCUUCAGUUCUCUAACCUGUGUUUGGACAGCUGCCUUCGCUUUGGCGUGGGCUACUCUUUUCACUUUGCAGUGGAUGUCGCUUUGCCAAGUGAUGCAAACUGAAGACUCUCCCGAGUCCGUCGUCGUCAUCUUAGAUAUUGAGAAAGGGCCUCUCAAGGAUUGUUGUGGAUAUUAGUUGUCAUCAUUCUGUGUAAGGAAUAUUGUAUCAGUUCAACACACACACAACUCCAUGUGAAGAUUGUGUGUAACUAAGCAAUAUCUUACACCACUGAUGUGUUCCAAGAGAAUUUUUCUCAGGGGUGUCACUUUACGACCUCUGGAAAUCUGAUGAUUUCUGUAUUCUUUAUCAUUUUUCUAUAAUCUAGUUCGCAAUAAAUACUUAAACACAAAGUGAGUUCAAGAUACUUUGGAUUUCUCAUAAGGCUUCAAUCCACAAAUUUCCACCACAAAAAUGUUCCAUUACAGCAAGUCAAGUGUUUUUUUAGUGAUUUCAAUACAGAGAAAAACGAGAUGAGGGGCCGGUUUCGGAGACAAGGCUCAAGCCUAGUCCCAGACUAAAAUGCUGUUUGAGCUGGCUUAACUGAAAUUCACUUGCACAGACGUAGCUUAAAAUACUCGUGGAUUAAGCCUGUUCUGGAUUAAACAAAGCCGAUUGCAAAAUUGAGCAUUAGAGCUACUCCAGGACUAAAUUGGACUGAAUUGAAGCUUAAACUAAUCUGCCAAGGAGGCAGGUUUAACUCCCGCUUAGUAGGCUAGGCUACUGUUUGUGAAACUGAGCUUGGAUUGUUUGGGAGCAUGGACUAUUUGGAAUAUCUAAAUGAGGACCAACAUGCACGACAAAGGCCAGCCAGACGAAUACUGCUGGAUAGGAGUGAUCCAUUGAAUCAGUUUGAUGAAAUAACUUUUCGAGACCGCUUUCGUAUGCACAAGGAAAAUGCAUUGGAGAUAAUUACUUUGCUUGAGCCUAGACUUUCCUCUCUGUCUCAAAGAGGAAGGCCUGUGUCCAAUCAACUGCAAGUUCUGAUCACUUUGAGGUUCUUGGCAUGUGGAAUCUUUCAUCGUGAAACUGGUGAUUUGUGUGGUGUCAGUGAACCAACUGUAUGUAGAAUAGUUCACAAAGUCUGCAGUGCCAUUUGUGAACUGAGGAGUCUUUACAUCAAGUUCCCUGAUGCUGCUGGGCAAGCCAACUAUAAAGUGCAAUUCUAUGAAUAUGGGCACUUUCCAGGAGUGAUUGGCUGUAUAGACGGAUGUCAUGUUCCCAUCAAGUGUCCAUCAACUCCUGAUGCAGAGGAAUACAGGAAUCGUAAGAACUGUUUUUCAAUCAAUGUUCAGGGUGUAUGCACUCCUAAUUUGGAGUUUUCAAACAUUGUUGCCCGUUGGAAAGGUGCAACCCAUGAUUCAAGGAUUUUUCUCAACUCUUCAUUGUGUGCACAAUUUGAGAGUGGACAACAUAGUGGACUACUACUUGGUGAUAGUGGAUAUGGUCAGAGUAACUAUUUAUUCACACCACAUCUAAAUCCCACAACAGCUGAGCAGCAAAGGUACAACAGAGCUCAUAUCCGUACUAGAGGGAUGAUCGAGCGUAUGUUUGGAGUAUGGAAAACUCGAUUCCAGUGCUUACGAAAUACGCUUCGUUUCAAGCCAAGAAGAUGCUGCAAAGUGAUCAUUGCUACAGCUGUGCUGCACAACUACCUGAAGCAGCAUGGCUGUCCUGACCUGCCAAUGGAAGAUCAGGAUGAUGCAGAUGUGCCCAUGGUGGCAGAGGCAGCCAAUGACCAGCGAGGACUUGCACACAGAGCUGCUUUCACAGUGCAGCACUUCAGCAUUUAAAUAUGGAAUGUAUCCAUUAUGGUAUGGUGGUGCUUGCAUACUGUUUCUGUACAAAAUUACAAUAAUGUAGCAAAAUUAAACUAGUGAACUAGUGAAUAGUUACCCGGGUAAUAUGUAGUUUGUGAUGAUUAAUACUCACUCACACGCCAAAUGACAAUACAUUUAUUUUUAUUUUUCACAAUUCCUCAUAUUCACCAUGGCUACUAGUAUGCAGAAUUCUUUUUUGGAGCAUAGCCCUCUCUCCCAAUUUCAUAUCCAGUUCAACCUCUAGAAUUCUCAUUUUCAUUUCAUGUUCUUCUUUUAAAUAUUCAAUUUUACGCUCAUGAAAUUCUCUGGCUAACUUUUCAUGCAUAGUUAUCUUUUUUGGUCUCUGUUGGAUGGUAGCAGCUUCAUCUCCCAGGGGUGCCAUAGCAGAUGUGGAGGGUUCAGGCUCG